CCUUAACCUGAAUAUCCAACCAGUCCAACACAUCGCACUGUAGGGAGAGGAGGGGAGAGUAAGUUUAUUCAAGACACUGACAAGACAGAGCUGAAUAUUAGUUGUAAUUGAUAAAAGGCAAACAGGUAAAAUAGGGGGAAAAUAUACAUUGGAUGCCAUUCAAUUGGAUUUAAUUUGUUGCCCUCAAUUCCUCAUUUGACUUGCUGUUUUGAAACAAGUUGUUUGCCUCUGCCAGUUAAGUUGCAGUGUACAUCUGUGUCAGUUCAAGGAAUUUAACAGACAAAGGUGUAGCCAUGGACAUCGGUGGCUUGGAGACUGUAGUGGCAAACUCGGCCUAUGUGUCAGCCCGUGGCAGCACGGAUGGAGCUUCUGCAGCUGCACUGCGCGACAAAAAGUUCCGUGCCAGACUGAAGCUCCCACAUAUCAGAAAUUGUGAACACAUGAAGGCAACACUAGACACCACCUUUGACAGCAUGUGCAUCAAGCAGCCCAUUGGCAAGCGUCUGUUCCAACAAUAUCUGGACAGUGAUGCAACCCAUAAAAAUGCUGGAGAGCUGUGGAAAGACAUUGAAGAAUAUGAAGUGUGCCAAGAGAAGGACAGAAUGCAGAAGGCUCAAAAGAUAGUCAAUAAGUACUAUCAGUCAGCUUCAAAGAAUUUUUGUUCCUUCCUAGAGGAGAAGGCCAUCAUUCGAGUUAAAGAAGAUCUCAAGAAUGUUCGUGGUGACUUAUUUAAGGAGAGUGAGCAACAACUGCUCAAACACUUGGAAAAGGCAGCUGUAGAUGGCUUUAAGAAGAGCAUGUACUUCCUGCGUUUUGUUCAGUUCAAAUGGAUGGAGAGCCAGCCUUUUGAUGAAGAGUGGUUCAUGGACUUCAGGGUCCUGGGUAAAGGAGGUUUUGGAGAAGUGUAUGCCUGUCAGGCAAAGGCAACAGGCAAAAUGUACGCCAACAAGAAGCUUGAAAAAAAGAGGCUGAAAAAACGCAAAGGCUAUGAGGGAGCAAUUGUGGAGAAGCGCAUCCUCGCGAAAGUUCACAGUCGCUUCAUUGUGACGCUGGCAUAUGCCUUCCAGACCAAGACUGACCUCUGCCUGGUUAUGACCAUCAUGAAUGGUGGAGACCUAAGGUUUCACAUGUACAAUGUGGAUGAAAAAAAUCCUGGUUUUGAUGAGAACAGAGCACGUUUCUACACAGCUCAGAUCAUCUGUGGGCUGGAACACCUUCAUCAGCACAGGAUCAUUUACAGAGAUCUGAAGCCAGAAAACGUACUGCUGGAUGACGCAGGACAUGUCCGCCUGUCAGAUUUGGGUUUGGCUGUUGAACUUCCACCAGGAAAAGAUAAAACUACUGGAUAUGCUGGGACUCCAGGUUUCAUGGCUCCAGAGCUGCUCCAGAAGAAGGAGUAUGAUUACACUGUGGACUACUUUACUCUGGGAGUCACACUGUAUGAGAUGAUUGCUGCCAAAGGACCCUUUAGAGUACGGGGAGAGAAGGUUGAGAAUGACGAGGUAGCUCGCAGAAUUCUAAAUGACCCAGUUUCUUACACACCAAAAUUCAGCAAAGAAGGCAAGGACAUUUGCGAGGGCCUGAUGGAGAAGGACCCGGCUAAACGGCUGGGCUUCAAAAAUAAUGACUGCGCAGAGCUCAAGAAUCAGCCCUUUUUCAAAGAGAUUAACUGGGGACGUCUAGAAGCAGGAAUGCUACCGCCACCAUUUGUCCCCGAUCCUAAAAUGGUCUAUGCCAAAGAUAUUGAUGAUGUGGGAGCCUUCAGCACAAUCAAAGGUGUGGUUCUGGAUAACACAGAUACUGAGUUCUAUAAUGACUUUGCAUCUGGCAACGUCCCAAUACCCUGGCAGGAGGAAAUGAUUGAGACAGGUGUGUUUGGAGAGCUGAACGUCUGGGGAGAAACCGGCAAGCUGCCCAAUGACCUUGAUCCUAACUAUGUGGAAGCCAAAGGGGGAGGAUGCGUGCUGCUUUGAAUUUAGAUGGACGCACAGAAAUAUACUCCUGAUUUUUACUAUCAGCAAUUUGUACAACAAUCAAUGUAUUAAAUUAAUAUAUUAUUUAUGUAGUAUUUACACACAAAUGUUUUAUUUCUUCUACUUAUAUUGUGAUAUCUAUAAUAUUUAUAGGGUAAUUGAAAAAGUACAGCAUGGUGAAAUAUCAUAGCUGAACUAAUGAAUGUUGGUGAAACAUAUGUUGCACUGAUUAAUUGCAUUGGUAAUAUUUUUAUUCAGUAAUUACAGAAAAAAUGAACUGUAUAGAAAUCACAUACAAUAUUAUCUGUACUGACACUGUAGUUAUAUGUAUUUAUUAUUUAUGCAUUUAUUAUUAAGAGACAAUGUUUAAUUAAUUAUUACAGGAAAGAUUUUAGAUGCAAGAGUUAAAAGCAAUAAAUAAAAUCUUAUGGCUGGCAA